AUGGAGUUCGACAGCUACUCCAUCGAGAUCAGCAACCUUGCAAGGCACCUGCUGGGAUUCAUGGCAACUGACCUUGGAGUGGUUCCCGUGCAUCCGCUGCCGGGUGCCCUGGUCGUCAACGUCGGCGACGUCCUCACCAACGGCGCCUACGCCAGCGUCAAGCACAUGGUGGUCCUCGACGCCGAGAGGAGCCGCACCACCGUGGCGAUGUUCCACGACGCUUGUGUUGGAGGCCUGGUGACGCCGCUACCGGAGCUCCUCAGGGGAUGCGACACACGGCCACGCUAUAGGUACAUCAGGAAACUCGAGUACAGAAAUGGCAGCACUGGAGCACUGGCCCAAAGGAGACGGAGGUAA